GUUACGACUGCAGGUCGCGAGGGCCCUCCAGGGCGCGAACGUCAAGCUGAACGUCGGCGACCGCCCUGGGCCGACGCGUGGACGCCUGCCGUCUUGGGAGCUCAAGGACAGCCUUAUCUGGCAGCGUGGUAUCCAUAUGGGGAUAUAUGAUAGCGGCUGUCACUGCUGAUCGGAAGGUGAUGCUGGCUCACGUUUACCGCGUCCUGCGGCCCCUCACCGAAGUCCCCGCCCCCGGCACUGUCACGGACGGCCGGAAGGCAAACACAGGAAAACAGCGACCGCCAAUAUAAAGCAGGUGGCGGACCGUUUUCCCCAUUCUUCCCUUUCCUCCCGCGCUCACCUUCCUCUCCGCCGGCCACCCAGCGACCCGGGUCCGCAUCCUCCCUCCCUUACAUCUACACCGACAGUAUCGCUUACGACAAUGCUCUCUCUCGCGUACUCCAACGUCUCGGUCACCCUCGUCGCCUUCGCCGCCCUCAUCAUCCUCUUCCUCGCCCGCGCCAUCUACCUCCUCUUCUUCUCCCCGCUCAGCGCCAUCCCCGGCCCUUGGUACGCGGCGGUCUCCGACUUCUGGAUCCUCACACAUGUUCUUCGCCUACAACAAUGCAAGACUGUCCACGAGCUCUUCGAGAUCUACGGCCCCGUCGUGCGCAUCGGCCCUAACCGCGUUGUCUUCAAAGACCUGUCCACCACCAAAAGCGUCUACUCGGUACACAAGUUCGACAAGAGCGUCUACUACAAGAGCCUUCUGACCAAUGAGAAUGACCAUGCCAUGACCACCCUCGAGCACGCGCCUCACAGCAUGCGCCGCAAGGGAUACGCUCCUCACUACACCCCGAACAACCUCGCCCAGUUCCAGCCCGAGAUGCACGACUUCGCCCAUGAUCUUGUCCAGACCCUCAACUCGAUCUCCGGCGAGAAGUCCGUCGACUGCCUCACCCUGUUCAGGCAAUUCAUGGUGGACGUCAUCGUGGCCUCGUCCUACGGCUGCCGUCUCGGCGCUCUCAAGAAGUGGGCUCUCGGCGUUGAGGAUGCCCUUUGCACCGCCAUCAGCGACUUCCCCAAGCGGGGCAUCUUGCGCAGCGCAGUCCCCACCUGGGCGUGGAACCUCGUCUGCAAGAUCCCCAACAACCGCUGGCGUCAGAUGUGCGACUCGGACAAGAUCAUGGCUGAGUUCGUCAGCGCGCGCGUCUACGAGCUACGGGCGCAGAUGAACGCUGGCAAGCUUCACGACUCGGAGAAGGUUCCCAUGCUCCAACGUCUCCUCAAGUACCGUUACUCGUCGACUGGCGAACUUAUGCCCGACAACGACAUCAUCUCUGAGGCUAUGGGUCACAUGAUCGCCGGCUCCGAUACCACGUCGACCACUUUGUCUUACUUCUUCUGGGAACUUAGUCGCCGCCCGGACAUGAUGCAGAAGCUUCGCGCCGAGCUCGAGGAGGCCAUGCCCGACUCCAUGUCCAUUCCCGAUAUUUCCGUUCUCCAAUCUCUCCCUUACCUCAACGCUUUCAUCAAGGAAGGACUCCGUAUCUAUGGUGCGGCCCCCAGCCUGCUUGAGCGUGUCGUUCCUUCUGUCUCCUCGAAAGCCGGCGAGCUUGAGCCCUUCGACCUCAUGGGCUUUGCGCUCCCCGCUGGCACCGUUGUGUCUACACAGUCCUGGAGCCUCAGCCGCGACGCCACCGUCUUCCCUUCUCCGGAGACGUUCCUGCCCGACCGCUGGCUGGUCGAGGACACCAGUUUGAUGUCGGCUCACCUCCUUCCCUUCGGCUUCGGCACCAGAGUCUGUGGUGGCCAGAACCUUGCGCAAAUCAUGCUCAGGAUUCUCCUGCCGAGACCAACGCCCGCUCCAUGGAGAUGCGCGACUCUUUUGUCAUCUUCCCGGCCGCCAUGUCGUGCCCACUCACCUUCAUUCCUCGCAACAACAAUUGAUCGCGCGCUACCCGCCGUCAUUGUUCUUGGAUAUUCGCUCACGGACCUUACAAACAGAAAAAUUGAUGCACGUACCCAUCUGCACAUACCUUCACCUUUUUCUUACCUUAUAGUCACCUAAUUCGACUCACUCACGACGUCGUCAUGUUUUCAGACCACGCUAUCAACUCGCUAUCGUGUUUUCUUGUUUUUCACUGUCGCAUUCUAUGUCGAAGAAAGGAGAUAUAUCUUCCUCUCAUCCAUCGUGUUAUCUUGAUUGUCCACUAGCGCUGUCCAUCGCUACCAAUAGUCCAUGUUACAGUACGAUAUAGCCGGGACUACGUACGACGCGUUCAUCGUAUGUAGCUUCAUUAAUAACAACGCCUGCCCUGGGCGAGGCAAUGCCUUCGCAUCCCCAGCGAUCCGCGGUGUGAACUAUGCCAGUGAAUUCGUCUUUCUCUUCGCUAUGGCCGCAACAGGCGCAUCGUUGGCUCCUGUUUUAUCU